UUCAGACCCCCAAACCCAGCGCUCCACCGGAAGGAAGCCAGCGAGCGAGCGAGCGAGCGAGAGCGAGAGCGAGAGAUGGCGGCGCAGGCGUGGAAGACGCGGUUCCGGGAGCGGGUGGUGGAGGCGGAGGCCCGCUGCCGCAUGAUCCCCGUCAAGAUCGUCCUCGCGCGGGCGUUGAUGGCAGGGCUGCUAGACGUGCCCCUGGUAGGGCGCACCCAGAAUAUCAAGAGCGCGGAGCUGUCGCUCCAGGACGCGGCCAGCGACCUCUACACCGCCGCAUCCUUGCUGGGGAGCGCCACGGAGCUCGCGCACUACGGAGGCGGCGCGGAGCUCGCGUUCCGCGGGCGCGUCUUCAUCCCGUUCAACCGGCUGGGCACCAUCGGCCUCCUCCCCGCCGCGCACCGGCUCGCCUGCGAAAAGCUCCUGGACGCCAGGCUGCGCGCCGCAGACGCGUACGACGCCGUGGAGCGGUGCUGCGGCCACCUGAUGUUGAUGCGCGGCCUGCUGGGCUUCCCAUCUGUCACCGGCGUGGACGAGCGCAUCGACGCCGAGCGCCUCGAGGCCCACAACCUGCUCGGGAACGCGAGGGGGAUGGCGGACGAUUGCGUCAGGCUGGUCGCCGGCGCCCUCGAGGACGUCCCCACCUGAGGGGUGUCGUGCCUGUCUGUGAGUCCGACUUGAUCGCUAGCUAGUUCUUGUGUUCUUUCUUGCAUCUUCUUGUGUUCUUGCGUACUCGUUGAAACUGUCGGUUGUUGCUGCUGCUGCUACCUGGAUUCUAUCCUAUCCUAUGAAUGCCGCACUAGUUUUGUACUGCUGCUUUCUAUGAAUCCAGCCAAGACUCACAAGAUUUAGAUUCUGUCUGUGAAUUCUAAGAAUCCAAGAUUUCCAAGCAGUCUAAUAUGAUGGUUUUGUUGGUUGAUCACAAUGUUGGUUGGAGUUUGUAUUAACAUGACGCAUUUGGUUGGUUGAUGUUCAUGGAUUGGUUUGCUGUUUCAAGAACAGGGAAUUGUUAUCAAUUAGCUGCUCAAUUCUGCUUGAUUAAUAUGGAUUUGCAACUUCACCCCCUGUUCCAGAAAUUAAUAUAGCCUGGACUCAAGCUGGUAUUA